AUGGACUCCCCUGCACUGCUGUGUGUGGCUCUUGCCAAACUGAAAACUGUUACAACCCAAACAACACUCAAGACGUUGAUACUGGGGAAGAGGAUGAUACUCAAAACUGAAAACUCUGAAACUUAUUCCAUGGACAAAGGUAUUUGUGCAAUAGGUGAUAGUGGACAGCUGAAGGGUGUAAGAAGGCUAGUGGAACAGCAUGAGGCUGAUCCAACAGCAUUACAACUACAUUUAAUGAUGAUGAUGAAGAACCAAUCAUUGAAGGAUGAAGAAAGAGAUUUAAAGACAACCAUCCUAGAGAGAAAGAUAACUGAAUUAGAGAAUGAGAAAGCACUUCGAGAGGCUCAGUGUACUUUCAUGCGACAACAAGUGGACACCCAAAAUGAGCAAAUGAAUGCCUUGCAAACACUAAUAGUACAAUGUAAUAAGAAAAUGGAAGAGCUUAGUAAUGUUGUGAAGGUAAUGAGAAAAGAUCUGUACUUACUGGAAGAGCAAAAUCAGAAACUGGAAGAUGAAAUUCAGCAGGGUUUAUAUUCUUCAUCACGAAUGCAUAUGAUGAAAGAUGGAGCAGAUUACAUGGAUACAGUGAAGAAUGAAAUAAAAUUAACCAAUGGUGUCAAACACCACCAAGAACCAGUGGUAUUAAAAUCAAAUGCCCAAGAUGUGUUGGUAGGGAAAGAAAUUACAUCAGUUCUGUUAAAAAUGAAAGAGAAUGAUUAUGGGCAACUACCACCACAUUUGACACGGUUCACACAUAGUGAACCCUUGAAAGGUUUAAGUGAUGAUGAUUUGAAGGAAAGAAUCCAUACACUGACUGGACGUACUGUUGAAGAGCUGUUGGGAUUAAUCGAUAUAAAAGUCACCAGUGAUAAUUUGGUUUUAUUGUCGCAUUUACUGAUUGUAAAAGCCAAUCAAAUGACAGAGAAUGAUGUGAUGGAUGAAGAGAACAUUGGUGCAUGUGGUAGAAGUAGAGGUGAUGACAACAUGUGGAUGUCUCCAGAAGAUGAUAACGUGAUGCAACAAAUAAAUCAGUUGGAGAAGAGAGUGACUGAAGUUGAAAUGGAAAUGAUGGAAAAACGAAGCUUAGAAAGUAUGUCACUUGGUAACCAUUCCUCUCAUCUAGACGACCUAUUGACCAUUGGUAGUGAUGCACAGAUAAGUUACUCCAUGGCAGUCAGACAUAACCUUAGUUCACUGGGGAGUAAUGGUACCCACAUCAACGUCAGCAUUCCUACUCUGUCUGCAGUACCAAGGAAGAAUCAAAAGAAACAGAGCAAGCCUAAAACAUCACUUAAUAUAGUGUGCUACAACUGUCAAAAACCAGGGCAUAAAGCUAUAGAUUGUCGUUCAAGAAAAAGAUAA